AUGAGCAUUAAACCCGAAAUCACACUACUACUGGUGCUGCUGGUAUUCAGUUGUGGACAAGUUGGUGGCGAUGUAGCAGCAGCAAUUUCCCGUGAGGUUGGUAAACGUAGUAAUAUUGCUAUUGCGGUUAGAAGUACUGACAAUAUUAAAUCAAAAUUGUUAAAUUCACUAAUAUUAUUACAAAUUGAUAAACGUGCUGCACGAUUUUCAUUUCGAACAGAAAUUGAUGCAUCAUCAAAUGAUAUAUUAACUUUAGCUGUUGCAUCAGCACAAACCUUACUAGGUGUUAUACCUGGUGUUGGACCAUUUCUAGCAUUAGGUUUUACUGUUAUAUGGUCAUUAAUGGGUCCCAAAUUUGAAGAAGAGGAAGUUUCGUUAGAAACUCAAGUUCAAGGUUAUGUACAAGAAGCAAUUGCACUUUCAAAAACUAAAAUAUAUGAAGGUAAAUUAAUACAAGUUCACGAAAAUUUAGAUUUUUAUAAUCGUUCAUCAAUGGAUUGGUUUAAUGAUAAUUCGAGUACAACAAAACGGGAUAUUGUACGUGACCGGUUUAAUAUUGCUUAUGAUAAAGUAACAGAAAUUGUUAAUGUUGGUGGUGCACAAGACUAUUUAUAUGCUAUAAUUAGUUCAACAACACUUGCACAUCAACUUAUUAUAACAUUACUAAAAGACGUGACACGUUUUGGUAUGCAAUGGGAUUAUGGUGCAAGCGUAUUUAAUAAAUUUAUACAAGAUCGUCCAAAAUAUGCAAUAAUAUCAUAUAACCAAAUUUCUAGAGCAUUUAAUCAAUUUGAUGGAGUUUUAUAUAGUGCAAGUUCACAGGAAGCCAAAGGUGAAGUACCAUAUGUAGCAAUACAAGCAUAUCCAAGUGUUAUGAUACGCGCAUGUUUCUUACAGCGUACUUUACAUUAUUUACGUACAGAAUUAUAUCCAUAUGGUGAGCCAGCACAAAUAACCUCAGGCAGCUUGCCACAGAAUACAUUGUACUAUCAAAUCUAUGGUGAAUUAGAUACAGCAAGCGGAUAUUCGAGUGGAAGUAAGAAUUAUAACGUGGAUCAGGAACGUAAAAGACAUGCUGAAAAUUGUGUCUUAGGACGCACUACACCAUAUAGGGAACAAGUAGCCCAAUGCACUCCUAAUGGGAAUGGCGAAAAGCCAAGUUGCAUUUCUUUCACGUCAUUCUAUCAAACAUUUAGAUCACGAUCAAUGGCAGAACAAGCAGAACUUGGUACAAAUGUUAUAACACCAUAUUUGGCUGUAACGGUUACUGGAAACUAUUUUAUACGAAUGUAUUUUACACCGUCGAACAGUAUUAUAAAUAUACUUUCACCUGUGUUAAAUAUACAUAUAAGUAUGGAAUUUUAUACAGCACGUGCUGUUGUUGCACUAAGGCCUACAAAGCAAAUUAUUGCACCUUUUCCCGUAAAAGAAAUUGUACCAAGUUCUAAGAGUGGCCCGAAGGUUAUUUAUAAAUUUCAAAAUUAUAAAGCUACAACGAUGAUAUAUUUUUGGUGUAUGACAACAGAACUCACAUCGUAUAAAUCAAUUAAUCUUACAGCAUUAGAAAAAUUUCGUGUUUUAGUUGAUAAGACACAAAACUGGACAUUUCAUGCUUUAGAACUUUAUCGAGUAGAUCCAUCAACAAAUGGUACACAUACGUGUAUGUAG